GCCCCGGCCAUGGCCGCGCUCGGCGCCCGGCUGCGCGGCGGCCGCCCGCUCUGCGGCCGCCCCCUGCUCCUGCUCACCUGCCUCUUCGCGCCCUUCCUCGGCGAGCCCCGUCCCGCCGCCGGCCGCGCCCCUCACGCCGCAGAGUAUCUAAUUUCGAUGAUCCAUAGCCCCGUACGCUCCUGUGCAGCUGAGGCUGGGAUCUAGCUGCAUGAGCUGACUGCUGCUGUGGGCCGAAGAUAACGCCAGUGCGCAACUUCUGCGGCAUCCAGGGCUGCGCUGGCAACUUGUCAAAAGCCAGAGGCCUACGUCUUAUUCGCAUAAGUGUUUACAUAGAUUGUCAAUCUGUGUUUACUUCCAUGAUGCAUACCCUCUAAAUUAAAUCCAUAUGACUAAAUGCAGCUACUUCUAAGACUGUACAUGCUUGCUCUUCCUCCUACCUCUUGCACUGUCCACACUUUCUGUACGCACCGCCUUUGCUGCUUGCGUUCAGCAUUCCUCCGUGCUGUCUUUGUGGUCCAUCUUCUGUGCUUACUGACAGGUUCCCAGUCAGUGAGAAGUAUGCAAGUCCUGUGAUGUAUUUAGGAUGAAAGCGGUCUGAAGAGAGAUGGCAAAAUCCUGGAUGUGUUGAAGGCGACAGGAAAAGUCCCACCGACUUCAGAGUGACCACAAUUUUUACCUGGAGGCUCUGUCCACACUUUCAGGCAGCCUGAUGUGAGGCAGUUUUCACUUGUGCUAGCUGUCGAGCAAGGAAAAGGAUCAGUCUGUCCACUGAAAACUGAGUGGAAAAUGUUAGUGUGAAAGAACUCCUAAGGAAAUACUGUUACAGAUCUGCAGCAUGGCCCAGCAGUGCUAUAGGUGGUUGUUAAUCAGGAGAGUCUUGCUGACCAUAGCAUCACUAUAAAAUUUAUGAAACUGUAGGUUAAGGAUACUGUCUGGUGCAUCAUUUGUAUUUACAAUAAAAUCCAUAGUAUAGGUGUUCAGAAAGGAGUGACUUCUGCUCUGGCUAGCUAGCUCUUAAUCUAAAGACUGAAUACGGAAAUGUAACUCUGUAGUUUUUCAUAUCUACAAAUUAAGUUAAUUAGUUGCAAACUCCUUGACAAUAUAGUCUGUUAAUUGGAUGAGGAGUAAUUAUCCCUUGAUGCUAAGCUAUUAGGGGAUAGUUUAAUUAUCCUUUAAAAUUACCAAGCUGGAAAUUUCAAUCUUUUGAAUUUGAGUUGAAUAUAAGAAGCAUCUUCCCUACUACAUGCAGAUUGUGUACCUCUGCUCAUAUUUGUAGCUGCUAAGCAAUAUUGCAGUUCAAAAUCCUUGACAGUUUCACAUUCACAAUACAUCAUUUCAUUUUGCUCUUGGUUGGCAGGAGAUUAAUGCACUAGAUAAGAGAGAAGGUAGAAAUCUUCACAAUAUCCUGAAAGCCCUGAAGUUUAAAACAAAAACCUCAAAAGUUUCUGCAGUAGCUAGCAGCCGUCAGGCGUGUAUUUGUACACAGUGAGAGAAAAAGAAAGCUAUUGUUUUCCUGCUCUCAACCUCUGAACAAAAGAAAGCAAAACGACCUUGCAAAAACCUCACCAACAAUCCUCGCCAAUAAGGGGCAGGAGUAUCCUUCGCCUCCAUGCUUGUAGCUGUAGGGGUGGGGUUUGGUUUUAUUUUUUUAACUGAGGGAGAGUAGGGGGACUGUAGGAAAUAGAGAAUGCAAUAGCUGGCUUUUCUGGUAUAUAUUUUUUUCCAGUAAACUGGAUAGUGUUAAUAAUGCUGUUUUACUUUAUAGGCAUUUCUUCUGAUAAGGGUGGUUUUCUUCUUUCUUAACUGUUAGCGUUUGGAUUCUUGGCAUCUGCUAAAGCGUAGAAGGAAAAGUGUGGGGGGGGACUUAAGAUCAUACAGAAAAUAUGACUCAUGAUCCUUCUAAGGCAGGGGCAGUACAGAAAUAAAACUUCUGUUUUAUACUUUAUUUAAUAUAUUACAUAUCUCAUCUGCUUAAUUAAGUAAUGGGAGAAGAUCCCUUAUAAUACAAAGGGAAGCUUAGAGAGAGCACUAUAGUUAAAAUUGAACAUCAUCUCAUUAUAAAUACUUUCCUCUCUACUACAAUACAAAUGGAUCUUGCGGUAAGAAUUGUCACCAGAUACCAAAAUAUUGUGAUGUGAUUAGAUCUGUUUGUGGGGGGAAAAAAUGAUGCUCAGAGCAGAGUAAGUUAGAAUUCUUAUGAAAGAUGGAGAAGAAACUUCUUUCUGUUAAGUAUUUUCUUUCAAAAUGACCAUUGAAUAACUUUUAGAGUAACAUUUAAAUGUUACCACUCCACUUCUGGCCUUCAAAGUGCUGCUUUUGUUAUAAAUUAUGUAAAAAUGUAUUAUUUUAAAACUUACAGUAUGGUAUCAAUAAAAAUACUAGUGUACUGAAAGCAGGUAUACUGAAUAACAAUCUAUAUAUUAUGAUAAUGUACCAUUAAAGAGUCUGGUGCUAACAGUAAAGUACGGCUAGUUGGCCAUGUUUAUAGUCCUUAAUAUUGUCCUGUUGUGUUACAGUGAUACAUGGUUAUAAUCUGAUUUUUCUAAGCAUUUCCUCUAGGAAUAUAUGUUUUUUCUGAAUCUACGUCUUAAUAUUAGGCUUCUAAAAGUGACCUUCUCAUGCUCCCAUGGACCUCAGCAUGCACCAGGUAUAUCUGAACCUUCUUUUAUUGCUAAAAGUGAAGAUCGUUUGUUUAAACAUUUAUUUCAAGACUAUCAAAGAUGGGUUCGUCCGGUGGAACGGUUGAAUGAUACAAUAAAAAUAAAGUUUGGUCUUGCAAUCUCUCAGCUAGUAGAUGUGGACGAGAAAAACCAAUUAAUGACGACAAAUGUUUGGUUGAAACAGGAAUGGAUAGAUGUAAAACUAAGGUGGAAUCCUGAGGACUAUGCUGGAAUAACAUCUAUUCGUGUCCCGUCAGAUUCUAUUUGGAUUCCAGAUAUUGUUUUGUAUGACAAUGCAGAUGGACGUUUUGAGGGAACAUCUACAAAAACUGUGGUAAAAUAUGAUGGCACCAUUGCUUGGACUCCACCAGCAAACUACAAAAGUUCCUGUACUAUUGAUGUAACCUUCUUCCCCUUUGACCUUCAAAACUGCUCUAUGAAAUUUGGUUCCUGGACUUAUGAUGGCUCACAGGUUGAUAUAAUUUUAGAAGAUUAUGAUGUUGACAAAAGAGAUUUCUUUGAUAAUGGAGAAUGGGAAAUAGUGACUGCAACAGGGAGCAAAGGAAAUAGAACUGAUGGAUGCUGCUGGUAUCCAUUUAUUACAUAUUCAUUUAUAAUUAGACGUUUGCCACUUUUUUACACAUUGUUUCUCAUUAUUCCCUGUAUAGGACUCUCAUUUUUAACUGUUCUUGUCUUCUAUCUUCCUUCAAAUGAAGGUGAAAAAAUUUCCCUUUGCACUUCAGUAUUGGUGUCUUUGACUGUUUUUCUUCUUGUUAUUGAAGAGAUUAUUCCAUCGUCUUCUAAAGUUAUUCCGCUUAUAGGAGAGUACUUGGUGUUUACUAUGAUAUUUGUGACAUUGUCCAUUGUGAUAACAGUCUUUGCUAUCAAUAUUCAUCAUCGAUCUUCAUCUACGCACAAUGCUAUGGCACCUUGGGUCCGCAAGAUAUUUCUUCACAGACUUCCUAAGCUGCUUUGCAUGAGAAGUCAUGUAGAUAGAUACUUUGCUCAGAAGGAGGAAACAGUCAAUAUCAGUGGAUCAGAAUCAUCUAGGAACACGUUGGAAGCAGCUCUAGAUUCUAUCCGAUACAUUACAAGGCAUGUCAUGAAGGAGAAUGAAGUUCGUGAGGUUGUUGAAGACUGGAAAUUUAUUGCUCAGGUGCUUGAUCGAAUGUUCUUGUGGACUUUUCUUCUGGUUUCAGUAAUUGGAUCACUUGUGUUAUUUAUUCCUGUUAUUCAUAAAUGGGCAAAUAUAAUAGUACCUAUGCAUAUAGGAAGUACAAAUACGUAAAAUAUUUUUGGAUCUGUCUCCAGCUGACAAGGCUCUAAAAGGGUCCAUAGCAGCCCUGUUUCCAUCCAUGUUCUUUGUAGGUAUGUUUCUGAUAGAAUAAAAAAAAUCCAAGAACAGAAAAUGAUGCUUAUUUUAAAGCAUGGCACCCUAGGACACAAGGAAGUCAGUUUGCUUAGUGCUAACCUACUAAAUCACUUCUAAAUCUGUUCAGAAUCAAGAGGACCUUCUCAAACACUUGCAUGUAUGAUAUGUCAAAAAAUAUACCCUGACACCUACUGAGAAAUAUAAGGAUUUAAAUUUUUUUAAAGAGGAUCACUGUAGUCCAAUUAUUAAAUUACUAUGUAAAGUAUUAUACUGAGUAUUAAAUAUUUGCAGACACCUAUGCAAUAGAGUUGCUUCUUUCAGUUAUUAGAGUAUGCAAAGGAGGAUUUUUAUUGGCAUAAGUCCUUUUGAAUGUGUUGUAAAGUAUAAGGUUUCUACAGAGAAAAUUAAAAACAAUAACAUAAACAGCAGUUGAACUUUAUCAUAUAUUUAAUAUAUAAAUGAAAAUAGUGAUAUGACUACAUUUUGCCUUCAUAAAUUUUCAGUGAAAUUUUCUGCAAAAUUUUCUGCUAAAUUUAAAACCUCGUUAGUUCUGUAAUACUCAUGUGAACACCUAAUGUAGUAAGCCUUAAAAUGCUUAGAGGAUAUGUGCAUAUUGAUCUCUCCAUAUCAGUUAUGGAAAGGGAAGCAAAUACACUUAAAUGACUUGCCCAAGUUGCACAAGUGUCCUAAUAGACCAGAACAUUCAGAUUUCUUUAUUCUUGAUAAAUAACUUGAUACAAUAUUUUAGUUGCAAACAUAUUCCUUCCCUAACUUUGUUUCUCAAAAUGAAGUUUGUAAGUACAGUUGGCAGGAAUUUGGGGAAUGCCUUUCUGAAGGAAAUAAUUUGAAAAUUCUUAGACUGCAUAACCAAGUAUUGUUGAUAAAUUUUUACACAUUUGUUUAAAAUCAAUUUAUAAAACUAGCUGCAUAGCUUCUCUCACUUAUUGGAUCAUAUGCAACUUUGAAUAGCAAAGACUUGUUAUAGAUGACUUUCCCUACUUUCUCUUUUCUGAGAUUGUUAACAAGUAUGUUUGUUUAUGUAUUAGGACUUUUUAAUCAUUUCAUGAGAAUAAAGAAUGUAAACUCAUUCCAGUGCUACUUCUCUUAAAGAAGAGUUAUAUUUCCAGAACAAACUCUAAAAUAUAUGGGGGUUUCCAUAUACUUAAGUUUCUGACAAUGUAUUUCAUAAUAGUUGUAUCCCUCAGGGCUAAUAUAGUAAGGCAAACAAGAACAAGUCUUGGGAAGUUAUUUAUUUAUUUAAAUAACUAUAUGAAAAACAACAUUCAGGUUUAUGUGAAAACUUCAUGUAAAUCUUUGGUAAUGGUAAGUGGUAGUAGUUACGGACUUAGAAAAACAGAUUAUAUUUUCUAUGUAUUUUUCUUUUUAUAUCUCCUUUAGAAUAAGAAUUGUUUGGUAUUGUAGUGAUUAUAAUGCUGUUUGCCUAUGUCAUAAUCUACAUAUAAUUGAAUAUUUAUUUCAGAUUGUUCCACCUGUAAGAUGUUCUUGGUUUUAUGUAGCUUUUUAAGGCUCACAGGCAGGGAAAUGAUGCAGGCUGACGUAUUUUUGUUGUUCAACUUACAAAUACUUAAGACUGAAAAGAGAGUUACUCUUAUUCAAUCGUGCAGUUACAUCUGGCAUAAGAUAUCAGUGUUCUUCAUCAUAAAUCCUUUUAAAAGUGAAUUUGCAGUGAAAGUGAGUCUGAUUUAAUCCAUUAAUAUCAUAACUUUACCUUUCUCAGUAUUAUUAAGAUACACCAGUGCAUCAGUCACUUCCUGUGUGUGGAAACUGCAAAAAUUACUUCAGAUACAUUAUUUCCUCUUCAAAUGCAAAGUUUCUUUUUUAGUUCUCACUGGGUUUGAAUUACUUAUAAAAAAUUUACUAUUACCCAAACAGGAAGUAAAGUAAGUAAAGGUACAGGUUAGCGAUGUGUUUCUAACUCCUCUCCUGCAUCUGUUUUCCCCCUGCUAAAUGAUGGCUGUAGAUUGCCCAAUUAUAUUGUAAUGUGAUUAGCAGCAUAUUGGCCAGUGGAGUCCCAAACUUUAUACUAGUAACUAACAAUUUUUUGAAAAUGUAUGAAAUUCCUUCACUCAUUUCUGUAAGCUGAUUAUGGAACAUAUGGAUAAAACAGCUGACAGUAGAAUCCUUAGGGUCUUCAGCUCAUCCUUGGGUGUCCAAACCAAAAUAAUUUUUAAUAGACUCAGAAGUGUGGGCUUACGUAACUGGUUUCUGAAUGUGCUGAACUGUUGGUAGUGCUACCUUUAUAUAGCUUUUGUCACUCAGUCAAAAUAAAUGAAAAAAAUCACAAAUUUCAA